AUGCAGAAACAAUAUUUCGAGCUGGAUCCUCAUGGCGACGUGCUGCUCACCCUCCGACGUCCAGAUCAUCUCGAUUUUGCCCGGAGCGCGCGCAGAGCAGAGCGAGACAUUCUAGUUGCCACCCCAGAAGUUGAUAGUAAUGUCCAUGAGAGCGUCCAGUCGGGCAAGCCUACAGCAAGCAUGGAUGAUCCCAAUGCGAGCGAUAAUGUCAAAAAAGUGCAAUUCCUGCUCUCUUCACGGCACUUGAGUCUCGCAUCGCCUGUCUUUGAUGCUAUGCUCUCCGGAUGCUGGAAAGAGAGCACCGUUCUCGAUGAGCGGCCUAGGAAAAUUGCCAGACGAGAGAAUAGAGACACAUCUGAUUCAGAGCUACAAGUGCGUCACGAGAUAUCGGCCACGGAGUGGAACACAGAGGCGCUUCUCCUCCUGAUGAACAUUAUUCAUGGCCGCCAUAGGAAGCUUCCCGAUGAUCUUCACCCAGAAACGUUGGCGCAUUUUGGCAUCCUUGUAGAUUAUUACAAGUGUCACGAAAUAACUGAAAUCUUUGCCCGUCGCUGGAUACAUAAGAAUAAGUUUUACCUGCCAACGACAUACAGCUCAUUCACUACGCUCUGGAUCUUCAUAUCAUGGGUCUUUUCAGACGCCGCGAUAUUCGAAGAGAUGACAGAGCAAGGUAUAAAGGAAAGCCAAGGUCCGGUGAAUGCCAUGUUCUUGCCGCUGCCGCCAGCAGUAUCAGAUGCCAUUGAGGAAAAAAGAGCAAGCUCGCUACAAAGAAUUAUACGCCAUGUAGACAAAAUUCGUGAAGCGCUGAUCAAAGGCGAGGUACAUAGAAGCUGUGGAGAUGGAUGCUCUACGAUGCUUCUCGGCACGCUCAUCAAAGCAAUGCACGAGCACGGAAUCAGCGAGUCCCAGCUCCUAAAUUCACGCCCUUGCCCAAGUUUAAUGCAGAUUAAGCAGACUCUGCUUGGAUUUCGAACGCCAACCUGGUACAAUCCAAGCGAUUACCGCCAGCGUUCGGCUGGGCACUCUUGCAGCGUAAAGAGUUUGCUUGAGCCAGGAAUUGAUGGGAUAUUGAAGAAUCUGAAGGGUCUGAAGCUAAAUGAUUACCGCGUCCAGCAGGAAGAUGAAGUUCCCAAGGUCUAG